UGGUCUUGUCCAUGGGAUGUUCGCUCUAAACAUAGAAUGAGACGAGGAGUAGACAGCAGCGUGUUGCGUAACAGUCACAGUGUAUCUGUAGUUCUGUGUGUUCUCUCGCUGGUCUCUGCUGUUGGAAUAAAAGUUACCCGGGUCAGGGGUCUACUUUUGGGCCCCCUUUAACACGUUUCUUUUUAAGUUGUGUCUUCUUCUCUCGCUGUUCUCAGAAUGCAUGUGCCGUCUCCGUGCUACGGCAUGCCCGUCGGUGCUUCCUGGAGGGGGUUUCCCAACACUGAGUUGGAGAAAACAGAAAACAAAGAUGUGAACAAUUCUAACGCAAACAGUGGCCCUCUUUCCACAGUGUUGAACGGGAGCAGUCACUCUCCUACGGCACUAAACGGAGCUCCUUCAACACCUAAUGGCUUCAGCAAUGGACCGGCCACCUCUUCCACGGCUUCCCUGCCCACACAGCAGCUUCCCCCCGCCUGUGGAGCCCGACAGCUCUGUAAACUCAAGCGGUUCCUCACCACGUUACAGCAGUUUGGCAACGACAUCUCACCAGAGAUCGGGGAACGUGUACGCAGCCUGGUUCUUGGGCUGGUGAACUCAACUCUAACCAUUGAAGAGUUCCACUCCAAACUACAGGAAGCAACAAACUUCCCUUUGCGGCCGUUCGUCAUUCCGUUUCUCAAGGCUAAUCUACCCCUUCUUCAGAGGGAGCUGCUUCACUGUGCACGGAUGGCUAAGCAGACCCCAGCACAGUAUCUGGCCCAGCACGAGCAGCUUCUGUUGGACGCCAACGCCAGCUCUCCCCUGGACUCCUCCGAGAUCCUGCUGGAACUCAAUGAGCAUGGCAAGAGACGUACCCCGGACAGGACCAAAGAGAGUGGUGGCGACAGGGACAGCUUGCACCCGGAACACCUGGCCAAACGGCCAUGCACGGUGAGCCCCAGUCAGCGCUUUAGUCCUAGCAGCGGUCUGCCUGCCCAUCCUCCUCCUAACGGCCUGCCCACUCACCAACCCAACGGAAUGCCACAUCCCAACCCUCCCGCCCCACAGCAUUACCGCCUGGAGGACAUGGCCCUCGCCCACCACUACAGAGAUGCCUACAGACAUGCAGAGCACAGGGACGUCCGAGAACGCCACCGACAGACGGCCAUUCAUGGAGCUCGUCAAGAGGAAGUGAUUGAUCAUCGGCUCACAGACCGCGAGUGGGCUGAAGAAUGGAAGCACCUUGAUAACUUGCUGAACUGUAUCAUGGAUAUGGUGGAGAAGACGCGGCGUUCCCUCACCGUACUGCGACGCUGCCAGGAGGCUGACCGCGAGGAGAUGAACCACUGGAUCCGUCGCUAUAGCGACGUGGAGGAUAUGAAAAAAGGUGGGAGCUCCACCCAGCGACCUCCUCCUCUUCCUCCCCACCACAACUCCUCCUCCUCCAACACUCCUAACAGCAGCGACACACUGCCGCUAGAAAUCCACAGAGACUUCCUGCACCGGCCGCCAUCAGGCUAUCUGCCCGAGGAGAUCUGGAGGAAGGCGGGUACCACAAGUAUCCCACUCUCGCCAGCACUAAAGCAACUGCAAAACAAGCAGGAGGAGGCCGUGAAUGAGGUGAAGAGGCAGGCCAUGUCUGAGCUGCAGAAGGCUGUGUCUGAUGCCGAGAGGAAAGCUCAUGAGAUGAUCUCCGCUGAGCGCACUAAGAUGGAACGAGCACUGGCCGAAGCGAAGCGACAGGCCUCUGAAGACGCACUGACCGUCAUCAACCAGCAGGAGGACUCUAGUGAAAGCUGCUGGAACUGCGGUCGCAAGGCCAGUGAGACGUGCAGCGGCUGCAACACAGCACGCUACUGCGGCUCCUUCUGCCAGCACAAGGACUGGGAAAAGCACCAUCACGUAUGCGGCCAGGGCCUGCAGGGUCUGCCUGGGAACAGCAGCGUACCACUCGGGACACCUUCUACCAUCUCCAGCUCCUCAUCCAGUGCACCCCCCAUGCACUCUGAGAGCACUCUCCCAGUACCCCUCUCCCUGGUCGGGCAGUCCAGCAGUGGCGGAAGCCCCAAGGAAGCCAGCUCCAGCAGCGUGUCCCGCUCAACCACUCCAGCCACACCCGCCCUGAUGGAUUCCACAUCCCGUUGACUGAAGAACCUCCAAACAUUGAGCACCACCCAGCCACGACUACUGCUGCUACAGCAUCCUUCAUCCAAAACAAGCUGAGGAACCGCCACCAUACAUACCCGUCCUCUUGGACUAUAACAACUUGGCUUUCUUAGCUACUUUAAGCUCUUGUGUUCUCCAAAAAACCUUCACGAGUCAAUGCUCACAAUAAGAGAAGGGUGCCCUGUGCUUGAUUAUUAAACACUAGGUCAAUUCUAUUGAAUGCCACCAAUACACCAUUGAAACAUUUUAAGUUUUAAUAGUGCAUAAAGCACUGACAGUUUUAGGCAUGGCCUCCAUAACCUACACCCUUUAAGUGAGGUGUUCUCUGUGGGUAUUGGACAGCACUAUGUUUCAAUCUCUUUUUAAGGAACUGAAUAUAGUGGGUUGGACACCAGUGGCUUCUGUAGAAACUCUUCCACCACAGAACUCCUUCCUCGAAACACAUCGCAUUUCAUUGUUUUGGCUUUAAUUACUACAAAAGAAAAGUCCAAAAAUCCACUAGAAAUAAUAAUGAUGAUUCUACUACUAAUAAUAAUAAUGAAACCUGUUAACUACCUUGCUAGCGAGCCAAGAAAAUCUACACCAGACUCACCUCUCUGUACUGACGUGAACCCAAAUGAAUUUUAAGUGAAUUAACAUGAUCCAAACCUUUUUAUUACACUGCCAAAGUUACGAAGAAGCACUCAUCUUGUAACCAAACGCAAACGACUUCACCUCUGCAGCAGUAAAGCUAGCCCAGACUUCCACAGGAUGAGGUGACGUCGCAUGGUGACCAGACACUCAAACUUUCACUGUGCACACCAUGCUGCCCUGACCCAUCACUACAGGAUGUGAGGAAAGCCGCUCAGAUGUUUAAAGCACAUCGGCCGUUUGCUCAAAGAGAAACAACAUGAAAACAAAAGAGGCGAGGAUGAGUUAAACAUUGUUUAAUGAUGAGAUUGGCCUCCAAGAUCUGAAAGACGAAUGGCAAUGGAACUGCCAAAAACCUCAUUGGAUUGUACACUAAGAACUGGCUUUUUCUUUGGGAACUUUUUAUUUGGUUUUCCUAAUGCUCUCAGAAUGCCAAGACUUAUCUUUUUGUUGUACGAUUUAAGUCUCGCUCGUUUUCCAAAGCAUGACAAACAGACUAGAGUCUCGCGAGACUGGCGUGGACUUGAUUCUCUUUUCUCUUGCUCUGUCUACCUCCCCCAUCUUCUGUAUGUCCAUCCUUUUUGUGUCCUCCCCAGCUCCCAAGAACCUUUGAGCAGAUAUCAUGAAGGGAUCAACCGUUGCUUGUAGAUAUUACUUUAUGUUUCUGGAUGUCUUUGUCUUCAAAAUCUGCUUGUGAGCGAACGAGAAAUGCUACUCUUCUUUGUCUUCUUUUAUGUUUCAUCCGAACAUUGGACAGAAAAGGACACUCAAAAGUGAGAGAAGCCGUGUUGUACCUAUUGUUCGAUUUGUUGUAUCCAUAUUGAUUAUGAGAAUCCUCAUGUAGAAUAUUUUAUAUCACUCGCAUUGUAAGACAGUGAGAGAACGGAGGUGCAAUAUGAAAAAGAGAAUUCAGCUACUGAAUGAAACCUCAGAAACAGCCCUUAGGGUACCUUAUAAUAUAAAUAUACAUAUAAAUAUAUCUUAAAUUACCACAGUAAAUUAAUGUGAAUGUACAUAGUAUUUAAAAUAUUGAGGUCCAAAAAUGAGUUUGCCAAAUAACAGAAACCUUUAAAGUAUAAUGUCUAGACUUUGAUUUCUCUCCAUUUAAUCUGUUCUGUCUGAAGCAAAGCAAUUAAUUGAUAAUUUUACAAAGCCUGGAGAACGUUUGGGAUCUAGAUAAACAGAUGAGCUGAUGGAUGAAUUGGAUAAUACAAUUUGUAGCCAUAAGUGUGUCGAAAAGAGCACCAACCACAAUAGACUGACCUAGCUCCUCCCUGUUGGGGGAAACAUACUGGAAUUCAGGAAGGGAAGUUGCUAGAAUCUGUGUUGCCAUCCUUUGGGCCAAAGUGUCACUGCAGUGGUCCAACGUGUAAUUUGCGCACAUACAUAAACAUGCAUGCACAUACAAUCACAAAACCAAACAGUAGAUUAUCCUUGGUCUAAGAGUUUGAUGCCAGAUUCAAGGUAACACAAUGAUUUGUCGACCUACUCUAGAGCACACUGCAAAAAAACCCAAUUAUAAUAAUACAAAAACAAAAAAAUCAUAAUCUGUUUCAUCUUGAUUUUACGGAAGAGGAUUAG